AUGGUUAUUUACAAGUCCAACUAUCCGGCUAUCCCAAUAUUGCCAAGAAAAGUGCAUGAACAUAUUUUCGAUUGCAUUAGGCAGCAUGAAAAGGAUCGGCCUUACCAACCAUUGUUUAUCGACUCGUUGACUGGAAUUGUAACCACCGGAACUCAAAUCAUCGAGAGAACCUUGUCUUUGGCCCACUUUUUGAGAGAACAUGGCUUUGAAAAGGAUGAUUUCAUUGUGACUCCGGUGGAAAAUGGAUGGCCAUACGUGUGCGCGGUGUUGGCAUGCAGUAUGUUGGGUGGUGGAGUGGCUGGCGCUUACCCGAAGAACAGUUCCUGUAAGUUGCGAAUAAAUCAAGUUUUUUAGCAAUUAAAUUCGUGCCAAAGGAAGAAUUGAAUAGUAGGUUAGCUGUGUGUUUUCAGAUGAAAUUUCCCAUCAGACCCGUUUAUGUAAGGCCAAAUUCGUCAUGUGCGAAGGUUAUGUUGUUCCCAAAAUUUUGGAGAUCCUCGACGAAUGUCCGUCUAUUCGAACAAUAAUUACAGUUGGCGAUCAUGUCAACGCGACAACCGACAGGCUCCCAAUUUUUCGAAUUGAAGACAUCAUCAAACGAAUGACUGAAAUUCAUGAGAUCCCAGAAGUCGAUAUUGACAUCGAAAAGAAUGUUUAUUUCCUGCCUCCGUCAAGGUAAAAACGUUAAAUUUAAGUGUCAAAAUACGAUCGAAUAUGUAUGGAAUGUUGCUUCGAGUUACAUUUCAUUUCAGUGGGACAACCGGCCUUCCCAAAGGAGUGUGUCAAACGCAAUCCCGAAACUACUGCGGUCUGCUAACCUUUGCGGGGUAAGUUGAGUUUUCACGUAAGUUCGAUCUUUCCGACUGCAACUAGACGCUUUUUUUGCGUGGUAAAUUGAAGAGUUGUAGAAAAACCUUUUGAAUUAUUAUUUAUUAUAAAAUAUGAGCUAAUAUUGAUCUUGAAGGUCUUCAUACAAAUAUUUUUUACUAGUGACAAAGAUGUAUAUAUCUUUUGAACAUAAAUAUCCAUGUCUUUUGUAACCUUUACAAUUCUUCUCUCUUCUAGCGCGCUCACCGAGCGCCUCCUCAAGCCGCUGGAUCCCACCUGGAACUGGCGUGACAACAAGGUCCUGGUCACUCCACAAGUCGGCUUUGUCUAUGGCCAUGGAGUCACUUUCACCUCCAUUUUAAACGGCUCGGUUGGGGUGUUUGUCCGCAAACCGACCCUGGAGCAUGUGGCCGACUGCAUUGACAAGUAUAAAAUACGGCAUCUGUAUGGGCAUCCCGCACUGUUCGCUUCUUUAACUCACUAUAAACAAGAGAAUCCGGAGAAAUUGACAACGCUUCAGACUGCAAUCACAGGUGGAUCCCCAUUGAAAGAAAAGAUUGCCAACGAUUUUAUGGAGACGUGUAAUGUGAAGGUGGCUCAGUUUUAUGCAAUGAGCGAAGGGCUGGUUGCAUACGCGGAAGUGGAUAGUCCAAUAACCUCUGUUGGGAGACUCUUGCCGGGAACUGAGCUGAGGGUUGUCGAUGCUGAAAAUGGAGAGGAAUUGGGGUAAGAAAUGCAUGAAAGAAACCGUCCAACUUUUGUAUUUGUAACCUGCCUAUGGCUGUUAGCAAUAUCUGGCAAUUCUACUCACAGCUUUAAUAAGCAGAGAUUUGUAUGAACUUUUGAUUUUGACACUUGACGACACUUCCACAUGGGAAUAUUUUUUAUCCUGAACCCUUGAAGAGGUCGCAGAAUUCAUGGUUCAAAAUUUUUUCUCAUAGCUUACAUAGGGCAGUUAAAAACAUCUGACAAUUUUACUGAUAGUUCGAAAACGCAGAGAAGAGAUUUGGCGGCUCUUGGAGAUGGGAACAUGAAGAAAAUUUUGUUCUAAACCCCUCGCAAACUCGGGAAGUUUGGUAAAUUUUCUAAAGCUUUGUUGCCAAAGCGGUGCUUUUAAUGAGACGUUUCUUGUUUCUUUAGCACCAGAUAGUUGAACAUUACCUAUGAGCAACAUGCAAGGCUUGCAAAAUAUUACCUUGAUCAUUGCAUUUUAGUCCCCAUGCUGUUGGAGAGAUUCAAUUCCGUAACCCCACAAUGACUACGGGUUAUCUCAAUAAUCCCGAAGCAACUGCCGAGUUAUUCACUGAAGACGGAUUUUUGAUCACAGGAGACAUCGGAUAUGUCGAUGAAACUCAAAACGUCUUUCUAGUGGAUCGGAAGAAAGAGAUGAUCAAAGUCCAAGGGAAAUCCGUUGCUCCAGGGCAAUUGGAAGACUUGCUCCAUACAAAUAAGAAAAUCAAAGAGUGCUGUGUUGUGGGAGUGCCCGAUGAAGUGCUGGGCGAGAGUAUAUGGGCAUUUAUUGUGAAGCGAGAGGAGGGUUUGACAGAGAAAGAGGUCAUAGACACGGUAAAUUGUAAGUUUAUUCGAAGAAAUCUACAGUUUCUUCAUUUUUCAGUGAAUAUUGUGGAUUAUAAACAAAUCACUGGUGGAGUUCAGUUCCUGGAUGCGAUUCCUCGCAAUAACAAUGGCAAAAUGCUGAGGAGGAAGUUGCGGGAACUGGUGAUUGCCAACAACAACAUCAGCGCCUAA